AUGGCGGGCAUCUUUCGCAGCAUCUAUGACUGGCUAUUGCGAAUGUUCUGGGCAACUGAAAUGGAUGUUACCAUGAUUGGUCUCCAGAAUGCCGGCAAGUCGUCGCUACUUCGUGUUCUAGCCGGAGGAGAAUUCACGGUUGAUUCCAUACCCACCAUUGGCUUCAAUACCAAAAAGGUCCAGAAGGGCCAUGUGACGUUGAAAUGCUGGGAUUUGGGAGGUCAACCGCGUUUCCGACCGAUGUGGGAGCGAUAUUGUCGUGGGGUAAACGCUAUAGUAUACAUUGUCGAUGCCGCUGACCAUCCAGCACUGCGCGUUGCCACGGAAGAACUGCAUGACCUCCUAGACAAGCCCAGUCUAGACGGCAUCCCGCUUUUGGUGCUGGGCAAUAAGUCGGAUCUGCCCAACAAAUUAUCAGUCGACGAGCUAAUCGAGGAAAUGGAUCUCAAGUCCAUUGUUCGUCGCGAAGUGAGCUGUUAUGGCAUUAGUGCUAAAGAAGAGACGAAUCUUGACGCUGUAUUGCAUUGGUUAAUUGCUCGGGCCAGUAGGUAG